AGGGAGAAGUUGUUUAUGAUGGUGAGUUCAUGGACCGAGGCCUUUGGGUGGACUUGACACGGAGUUGGGAGCGCUUUCUGACUCCAUACGCACUGGUCUCCAGGUCGUUUGAAAACGUUCAAGCACCACAAAAAGGAUAUCAACGAAGCCUCCAAAGGCUUGGAAUGCGGCAUGGGCUUCGAAAGGUUUGACGCUUUGGAAGAAGGAGAUAUCAUCCAGGCGUACACGACCAUCCAGAGGAAGCGCAAGAUCACAUAGACUUGUAGACCUAUAUAUUGAAAUCGUUCAUCCCUAUAUAGAUUUUGACCCCGUUCAGACGUCGGCUUGCCCGUCUUACAUAUAGAGCACCUUCCUUUCGAUGGAGUGGUCGGUGAUGCGAAGUAUAGGAAGAAAUCUACUAUGCUGGGGUAAUCGGUGUGGUAAUCGACUAACAAGGUUUCUGUCGCGAGUGCCGGAUACACUUGAAAGCUUCGUUUGGCGCCUCGCCGCUGUGCACGUGGCCUCGUGCAGUGCAUUCAACCCCGGAUGCACAUGGCGCCGUAGUGCAAUACCGCUCGUCGUGCGUUUUCUUGUUUGGGUCCGUCGUGCACGUGCUGGCGUUGCUAGGCUUUUAUCGUGUGUCGGAUAUGGUCCCUUUGCGUGGGUGUCUCUUUGCUUCGGUUGCCCCGCUCACCAGCCUGCCGAAUAUGCCUGCUACUGUUAUAUACGCUAUUGCAAGUACUGAAACGGCAAAUCCCAGCGUAAACACAGCCUCGACAACGCCCAUGUCUGCUUCGGGAUCCUGAUGCUGGCUCAUGGCGUUGUGGUAGGCAGGGAAAAU